AUGGCGGCGCCCAUGCUGGAAGACUGGAGUUGGUUCCCAGUUUUAGCAUUUGGGGUUUCUAUUCUAAAAUGUCUGCUAAUAAAUACAUAUCACUCUACUGAUUUUGAAGUUCACCGGAACUGGCUUGCUAUCACGCACAGUUUGCCUGUCUCAAAGUGGUAUUUUGAGGACACCUCAGAAUGGACCUUGGACUACCCUCCUCUGUUCGCCUGGUUUGAAUACGGACUGUCCCAAAUUGCAACGUAUUUUGAUAAAGAGAUGCUGGUUUUACAACAUCUAAAUCACGCCAGUCCUGCUACCGUCCUCUUCCAGCGAUUGUCAGUUAUAUUUACUGACAUCGUCUUCAUUUAUGCAGUCAGAGAAUGCUGCAAAUGUGUGCCAAGAGACAAGGGAUCUAAGGACAUCUUAGGAAAGCCGUCCUUUGUGCUAGCAGUGCUGCUUCUGUGGAACUUUGGACUCCUCAUCAUCGACCAUAUUCAUUUCCAGUACAAUGGAUUCUUGUUUGGUGUUCUGCUUCUUUCCAUAGCAAGACACUUUCAGUGCAGACACCUGGAAGGAGCGCUUCUGUUUGCCCUGCUCUUAAACCUGAAACAUAUUUAUCUGUAUAUUGCACCUGCCUACGGCAUCUUCUUGCUGAGAUCCUACUGCUUCACCCAGGACAAUGCAGAUGGAUCUCUAAACUGGAGGAGUUUCAGUCUUUCCCGCCUAGUAGCACUGGGAAUAAUCGUAUGCUCCGUAUUUGCACUGUCAUUUGGACCCUUUAUUUUGUUGGGUCAGCUUCCUCAAGUUUUGUCCAGGCUCUUUCCCUUCAAAAGAGGAUUGUGCCAUGCCUACUGGGCUCCCAACUUCUGGGCACUGUAUAACGUGGCAGACAAAUCCCUCUCUGUCCUGGGUGUGAGACUCAAUCUGCUUGAUGUGAAUAGACUCCCUAAGGCCUCAAUGACUGGGGGCCUCGUCCAGGAGUUCCAGCAUUCUGUCCUUCCCUCUGUCUCUCCGUUUGUGACGCUGGUUUGCACCCUGAUGUCACUACUUCCCGCCCUUUUCAGUAUUUGGUGUCGACCCUCUGGAGCCCGUGGUUUCCUUCGGUGCAUCGUUAUUUGUGCCUUGGGGUCUUUCAUGUUCGGAUGGCAUGUUCAUGAAAAGGCUAUUCUUAUGGCAAUACUUCCAUUAAGUUUACUGGCAGUGGAAGACAAAGAGGAUGCUAGGAUAUUUCUGAUAUUAGCCACAACGGGUCACUACUCUCUGUUUCCACUGCUCUUCACUGCAGCUGAAUUGCCCAUCAAAAUCCUUCUCAUGCUGCUGUUUACACUGUACAGUUUUACUUCGUUAAAGAUGCUGUUCAGACACGAACGCCGUUUGAUCAGCAUUCCUGAGGCCGCUUACCUGGCAGGCCUGGCUCCUCUUGAGGUGUUCUGUGAGCUGGUGUACCCCUGGACCAGGUGGCAGCAGGCCUUCCCCUUCAUCCCCCUGCUGCUGACAUCUGUGUACUGUGCUCUUGGAGUCACCUACUCCUUUAUCACUCUCUAUCUUUCCCUGCUCAGGACGGAGGGAACGGUCAAGGGCAAAGCCAAAGGCAAAUCUCAGUGAGGGGUCAGGGAUCACGUCUGCGAAAAUGAGACUGAACUACACCGAAAAGGGCAGAUUGUGUCAGAGGAACAUUUAUUUUUUCAAGACGGGUGUUAGCAGAUCAUGUUACUUGUCUUUAGAUGUGGACCAAAUGCAUUCAAGAGUAUGAUUUAAUUGU